AUGUCUUCGUACGCAUCCCACCAACCACAAGCUCUCACUCCUCAAGGAGGCGAGGACUCGUCGACCAGCUCGGGGGGAGGGGUCGCUCCUAUUGAUCCCCAGUUUGGGAAGAAGAAGCCCUAA